AUGCCGUUCGUCCAGCUCAUUCCUCCAUUCAUUAUCAAAUGCUGCAACCGUUCCUACUCCUCUCCCAUACCCCUGCACAAUACUCCACAUCAAGCCGUGUCCACCGAAGAGGAGCGGCAGGAUUUUGUGCCUCCUCCUCUUGUAUCGCGUAAUAGUGGCCCGAUAUGGAGCAAGCACCGAUAG